ACCGAACCGGAUUGAGCGCAGUGGUAAAUUACUAAAAGGGUAAAAGUUCCGAUCUAUCAUCUCUCCCUCUCUGUCGCUCUUGCCCUAUCCCUAUCUCUCUCUCCUGUCUGGCUGUCUCAUUUGCCAAUUUCAAUUUUCGUUUGCUCACUGCGAUUCAGCAGGUUAUGGAGCCUUUGGAAAUUGAUCUUGUGGAUAUUCCUGAUACUCCAGAUAGAUUAACUACCAGGCCUGGUGAUCAGAAACAUGUUCGGAAUCCUGAGAAGAGGGAGAAGGUCUUCCCUGCUGCUGAUGAAAUGAAGAAACUCAGCAACUAUAUAAUACUUUCCCCAUCAAAGGCACCUUAUCCUUCUUAUAAUGGCCCCUUCUUCAGAAAAACUCAAACUGAGAAAACUUUAGGACUUGGGACAGCACACUCUAUUGGUGCUGAAAAGAUGGAGAGAGGGAAAACUGUAAGCUCUAGAUUUCCUGCUAAAUCAUCUCGCCAUGGACCUAGGUCUGUUUUAGAUUUUACUGAAGAGAAUGAGAACUCCCAACAGCUGAAACCAGCUUUCUCACAUCAUGGAUCAAGAGAUAAGGCUGUUGAAGAUAAGAAAGUAACAAGCGCUGGAAACACUUCAUCACGAGUUGUUGCUGAUUCUUCUACUGCCUUCAGAGAUAAAAUGCUACCAGGUCCUAAUAUAUCUCAGGAGCGUGGCAAGGGAAUUGCACUGCCUAAUGAUUCUCAUCCUCCACUAAACACUGAAAAGCAACUGUCUUUGCCCCCUCAAAUUUCCACCACACCAAGAGUUAGAGGGCAGAAGAGAUUGGUACGAAAUGGGUGUAUUUCACCAUAUAAUAUUGCAAAUAGAGCAAAUCAAGCAACUAUAAAGGAUAAUCACCAAACCAAGGAAGUUGAAGAAAGUCAUGCUGUGGAUUUAGUUUCUACCAAUCCAAUUUCUACGAUUAGUGUUGAAGAUAUAGUUGCUGAAGAGAGAGGCUGUAAUAGAGUGAAGGGAAAGCAAGUACUUAUUCAUCCUUCAUCAUAUGGUCUUAACACUGGAACUGUUCGCAUGGCUAGCAGCAACCCUGCGACUGAUUUUGAGGAGGGCCAUUCAGCCAGUAAUGCUGUAAGGAAUUCACUUAAAAUCUCUGGGGGACAAGAUGGUUGGAGAACUACACAUGCUCAUAACAGCAUUGAUCAGCAUCCUUAUGAUGUGAAUGGGCAUAAUUUACGCAGAAGCCAUGAUGUUGGAAGAUUUAUUGCUAGACAAAAUAUGAACAGAAUGGAUAGAAGAGACACUCAUAGCAGUCAAAGUGGCAAGGAUGCACAAGGUUCUUCAUCAGAUAAUGCAGCUCAAGCAACUUCACUGACAAUUCGAGAGAUAGAUCAGUUGACUGUAACUCAUCCUGCCACAGGCACACUGAGUAAAAGGCAAAAGAAACGUGGAUCAACAUCAGGAAAUCCUGGGCAAUCAUCAAGCUCAUCCCAUAACCCUGUCUUGAAUUCUGAAGUAGUAGACUUAUCACCAGAACCCAGUUAUACCAACAGAUUUACUGAAGGCUUAGAUGACAAUGACAAUGACAAAGCUCGAGCAAGGCAAGUAGAAGCAGAUGAGAGAUUGGCACGUGAACUCCAAGAACAACUGUAUCAUGAUGAUAUUUUUGAAGGGAGAGGGCAGAUUGAUGAACAUUUAGCCUUGGCACUGCAGCAAGAGGAGAAUCUUAUUCGUACUUCUUUUGAUAAUCACCAAACAUCAAAUCCUAUGUUUCCGAGGGCAAAUAGUCAGCCUCGUUCACGGCCACAUCAAAAUCCUUCUAAUAGGAGGAGAGUUCCACCUCAAGUUCCUUCCUCUAAUAGAAUGUCACAGUUGAGGUCACAGUUGAGGAGUCACAUCGCAAAUCGUUCCCGAAGACCAGCCAUAUCAUCCAGAGGACGACGCCCCCGGUUUCCUGUGGAUAUGGACUUAAACAUGAGGCUUGAUAUAUUGGAAGCAUUAGAGGAUGCAGUAGGGGAUUUUGCAGAUUUAGGGAUGGGUAAUGACAUCUUUCUUGCUCAACAUGAUUUCAAUGAACAUGAUUAUGAAAUGUUGUUGGCCCUUGAUGAGCAAAACCACCGACAUACUGGUGCAUCCUCCAAUCAGAUCAAUAGUUUGCCGGAGUCCACCAUCCAGAAUGACAACUUCGCAGAGGCCUGUGCAAUAUGCCUUGAGACCCCAGGCAAGGGUGAAAUUAUUCGCCAUCUUCCCUGUUUGCACAAAUUUCACAAAGAUUGUAUUGAUCCUUGGCUCCAUAGGAAAACAUCAUGCCCGGUGUGCAAGUCAUCUAUCACCUAAUUUACCGCUGGUUUCAGAUGGAUAAUUUCUUAUUCUACUGCAGAAUGUUGGCUGUCCCAUUUUGGUCUGAGGUACAGCAAUGGAUGAUAAUAUAUUCCCGUUAGUUGAUAAGUAAUAGAAAUGCUUCCUUUUUUCAGUAUGCUGUUACUAUCUGGCCUGUUAGAUAUAUAAAAAGUGAAUACAAAGGGUCUAGAACUUACAAGUUGGUGUUUUGUUUCUAAACUGCUCUGAGAUAUGAUUCAUUUUGCGGUAUGCAUAUAUAGGUAACUAUUCUGAUUCAUGGUCUUGUAAGAUGUAAUUGAUCACUUGCUGGUCCUAAUGAAGUCUGCAAAACCAGUGGCAAGUCUGAAGGCCGCAGUUUUUUCCCCAUGACAGAUUAGUUACAAAUAUACCUGGUUGAUGGGGCUACACAGGUAUAUACUGGGAUUUAGACUUAGUAAAUUUGUAUCACACUGUUAAGGGGCCUGCUUGCUUUUCUACUUUUUGGAGGCAUGCUACUGUUCGCUAAUAUCUUGUGAUGCCUCAUUAAUGA